ACGGGGAAGGAAGGACGAGCCAGCCCCGUCCGGCUGCGGCUUCCUCCGCAAGCCCUGCCUCGGUGCACGGUGCCCGCCCCCGGCCCUCCCCCGGCUCUCCCCGCUCCGAGCGCCCCGAGCCGGCCGAGCCGCGCCGCCUCCGGGGGAGCCCCCUGAGCGCAACAGUUCCCCCCGAGCCCGGGGCACCCCCGGGGAUCCCUCGGCACCGGGAGGAGGCUGCGCGGAGGAGCCGCCGCCGCCGGGCUGAGGCAGCGCCCGGAGCUGCCCGGAGCUGCCCGGAUCCGGCGGUUCUGCCGCUGCCGGCGAUGGAGCGGAGCGGAGCGGCCGAGCCGCGGCUCCUCCCGGCCGGGCGCAGCCACCCCAGCCUCCGCCUGAGGGAGCGGAGCCGCCCCGCCGCCGCCGGGCAGCGACCCCUCCGCUGAUCCCCCCGAGCCUCCCGGGCAUCCUCGGAACCUCCCGAGCCUUUGUGCAGCCCCAGCCCUUUGUGCUGUGCCCCCCCAGGCUCGGCGCCCCCUUGCAUGCGGCCCCCGGGCUGCGGGAGCCGCCGGCCAUGGGCACCAAGCAGACCAAGGGCUGCCAGCCGGGCAGCGCCGGGGAGAGCCCCCCGGGGCAGCCCCGCAGGAAGGCGGCCCCCAGGGAAAGGGGCGAUUUCCUGGCUUCCCUCGUGGCCAAGUCCGGCGAGAAGUUCGGCAAGGGCGCCGGCCCCAGCUUGCCCCCGUACCACCGGAGGAUCUGCAUGAUCCAGGACAUGCUGCUGCUGGUCAAGCAGGGCAGGCAGGAGGAAGCCACCGAGCUGCUGAAGAACCUGCGGCAGGAUUUAGGGAUGGAGUCCACCUCUCUGGAUGAUGUCCUCUAUCGUUACGCCAGCUUCCGAAACCUGGUGGAUCCCAUCACCCACGACCUCAUCAUCAGCCUGGCAAGAUACAUCCACUGCCCCAAACCAGAAGGGGACUCCCUGGGAGCCAUGGAGAAGCUCUGCAGGCAGCUCACCUACCACCUGAGCCCCCACUCGCAGUGGAGACGCCAGGGCAUCAUGAAGAGGAAGCCGCAGUCCUGCUUGAAGGCCGUGCUGAUGGGGAAGCCCCAGGACAACACCGUGGACUUGUCGGGGAUCCCGCUGACCCUGAAGGACCUGGAGAGGGUCACGUCGUACCUGGAGCACAGCUCGGAGCACAUCGACACGGUGGAGCUGUGCUUCACCGAGCUGACGGACGAGAUGCUGCUGCAGCUGCUGCCCGCCCUCUGCGGGCUGCCCCGCCUCACCACGCUGGCGCUCAACGGCAACCGCCUGACCAAGGCCAUCCUCAGGGACCUCACCGAGACCCUCAAGGACCCCAAGAAGUUCCCCAGCGUCACCUGGAUCGAUCUGGGCAAUAAUGUGGAUAUUUUCUCGCUGCCCCAACCCUUCCUGGUGAGCCUGAAGAGGCGCUGCCCCAAGCAGGGCAAUUUGCCGACCAUCCUGGAGUUUGGGGAGGGUCAGGUCAGUGAUUUGGAGGGGCAGGAGGGGCUGGGGGACAGCCAGGAGGAGCUGAGGGCUGGGCCAGGCCAGGCUGGCAGCACGGACUGGGUGCAGAUGGACAGAACAGCCCAGGCUGGGGAGCGCCCUGGCCCAGAGCAGGGGGCAGCCACAGCACAGACAUGAUGGCCACCAGCCCUUGGGUGGGCACCUUGAGCAAGGAUGACUUCAAACCUCAGAGCUGGGGGGGUUCUGUUCCCACUCCUGGGUGCUCCAGGAGUCCCAGUGCUGCCUUCCCCCUGUGCCACGAACGUCAGUGACUUCCUUCUGGGAGAACACAUCAAAGUGAUCCCGUGGAGUGUUUGUAUUUCCUAACAGCUGGCCAGGUGUUCUGAAGCAUUAGUGGUGUGCUGUGCUUUUGGCUCUCUCAGAAAUGAAUCUCCAAGGGGCUGCAGAACCUCAGAAGGGCAAGAGAGGGAGCAGGGAGGUGCCCAGGCUGUGCAGGGAAAGGCUCCCUUCCCUCAGUGCUGCAUCUCAGCUGCUCCCCACGUGGGAUGGACAGACAGCAGCCACCCCAAAGGGACCUGCCUGGGAGAAACCUGCAAUCCUUCCCACUCCUGACUUCAGGAAUCACUGGUGAGAGCCUGGCUCCUGAGACACAACAAAAACCUGCUCACACACAAAGCAGGGCUCAAAAACCUGCUCCCACACCAAGCUGGGGUGUUCCUCUCAGUAUUGUGAGCCCAGCCCAGAGGGAGAGCUCUGUUUUCCUGGGGCAGGGUUAAAUCCCAGCCUGCAGCGUGCCUGGACACCACCCUCACCUCCAGCCUUACCAGAACCAGGCUGGCACCUGUGCCUGCCCAGGAUUUACCCAGUAAAACCCAGUUUCCCACCAGCUCUAAAAAUUCCUGAGCUUUUAAUGGGAGGGACACACAAAUCUGGGGUCAGGGCUCAGGAGCAUCACUGACAAGAAGAGACCACGGUACUGAAGGGUUAAAAAAGGUAAAACAAGCCUGGGGUUCCUCCCCUGUCACUGCCACACAGCCAGCUGGGAUUCAGAGCCCCAGAAAGCCUUGGGGUCCCUUGGCCAUGGCUGCUGCCCCCUGGACCAGAAGUGCUUUGUUCCUAAAAGGUUCCAGUUUUUUCUAAGCCAGGGCUUUGGGUUUAUUUUCAGUGGGAAAUGGAUCAGCCCAGAGCAGCAGGGCUGGAAUGGGCACUUUGGCUUUUUGGAACCAGAAUUUCAGUGGAUCCCAGAGCUGGGGGAGGGCAGGAAAGUGGGGAAGAUUCCUCUCUGUGUUCCAGGAGCAGAGCUGACUCCCUUGGCUGGGGGAGCCUCUUUGCCCCAAGCCCUUCCCUGAGCAGCUCCCAGCAGAGAUUCCAGUUUGGUUUUUUUGGGUGCAAACAGAUUUUUGGUCCCAUUGGCUCUGUCCAUUUUUCCAGAGGGGCUUCAGGCUGCCAGUGGUUGUUUGUCCUCCAUUUGCAAGAAGGUAACUUGGAAAAAACUCUGCUACUUUUAAUACAUUUGGCAACAGUCAGUAUGAUUUGCAUGUAUCCAAGCCUUUUUUUCCUUUUUUUUUUUUUUAAAUUCUAACUCUUUCCAACAGGCAUGAAAAAAACCACAACUUUCCAGUGAAUAUGGAAUAUUUCUGUUUGAAAUAAAGGAGCUAUCCAUAAACAAAAUAAAUGAUAAUGUUUAAUAAAGGCCCAGCGUUGAAUUUUGCCUCUGUCCAGGGUGAAUGCCCAGGAAAAAGCAGAGGACAGGCAGUGCUGAGAGCUGCUCUGGCUUCUUCAGGGGGCUGAGAAAUAAAGAGCUCAGUUUAUGGGCUGGAUUUAUCAGGGUGGGCAUAAGCUGGACACAGAAGCAUCAUAAAAGAAUAUUUUAAAUUUUAAGUAUUGCC